CCUGCGUUUAUCCACUCGGAGCACUUCAGCAAGAAGUUGUUCAUUUUAACAGCAAAGGAAGUUGUGCUAUGUAGCAUCUGGGUUCCUGGAGGGUUAAAAACAAUCACCUGCAUUUGAAAUGAGACUUGGAAGUAGGAAGUGUUGCUGUGGCUUGAGCUUCCUGUAUAAAUAAGUAUAGCUUUCUUACAGCUACUGCAUAUGUGCGCGACGUGCAUUUUAAGAAAUAAUGGCAACAUGCUCUUAAUAGCUGGGAGGAGAUUAUUCUUCGGAGCGACGAGAAGGUUGGAAGAUGAGCCCUGCUCCAGACCUAUAACGUGUGAAGCUUUCAGAUUCUGGGAGAAGGAAGGAAGCGGCGAGAAAUGAAACGCGUUUCUUCAGACUCUGAGCUUUUGCUGGCGGUGACAUGUCUUGGAGGCACUGAAGUGUGAGUGAAGCUAUUGAAAAGUCAAACGUUUGGGAGCGAAUCCUGCUCUCUUUUGGCAAGAACUGGUGAGCCUGGUUGAGCUGAUGGCAUCUGCUGCUGAGAUUUGUUAUCACACCAUGACGACCAGAAUAUCAGAGGUUGGGGAAUUGUCCUUGGAGCCUUUGAUCACUUGCAAACUAUGCCUGUCUGAAUAUUCACUGGAUAAGAUGACGACUCUCCAGGAUUGCAGCUGUAUCUUUUGUACAUCGUGCCUGAAACAGUAUAUGCAGCUGGCUAUUCGUGAGGGGUGUGGUUCUCCCAUCACUUGUCCAGACAUGAUGUGCCUCAACCAUGGGACUGUGCAAGAAACUGAGAUCUCCAGGUUGGUACCUGCUGAUCAAUUUCAGUUAUACCAGCGAUUGAAAUUUGAAAGAGAAGUGCAUUUGGAUCCCCUGAGAACCUGGUGUCCUUCUGCUGACUGUCAGUCCGUGUGCCAAAUUGAACCAAGUGAAUCUGGACUACCCGUGCCUGUAAAAUGUCAGGCUUGCUACUUGACGUUCUGUUCAUCAUGCAAAGAGCCUUGGCAUGUGGAGAAGCUAUGCCUGGAAAACCAUCUUAUUGUAGCACCGAGUGAGCAAGGAGUACUUAUCAAAACCACCACGGAAGCUCCAAUUAAGCAGUGCCCGGUUUGCCGGAUCCAUAUUGAGAGGAAUGAAGGCUGUGCUCAAAUGAUGUGUAAGAACUGCAAGCAUACAUUCUGCUGGUACUGUCUGCAAAAUCUGGAUAACGAUAUCUUCCUAAGGCAUUAUGACAAAGGCCCUUGCCGAAACAAACUGGGUCAUUCCCGUGCCUCAGUUAUGUGGAACAGAACGCAGGUUGUUGGGAUCCUGGUGGGCCUGGGCAUCAUAGCCCUGGUAACAUCUCCCUUGCUGCUCCUAGCCUCACCGUGCAUCAUCUGUUGUGUCUGCAAAUCCUGCCGUGGCAAGAAAAAGAAACAUGACCCGCCAACAACCUAAAGCUUUUCACCCUAUUGGCUGUGAAGACCUGCAUCUUUUAUGUGAUGGAGAAGACAUGAAGGCUGACCUCUGGUGCCAAUGCUUUCCCAACCAAUUCUCCUUCUCUUUGCCAACUUCUGCAAAAAGUGCCUACAGUUUCAUGGGACACAGUGUUGUUUGCAAGUUGCCGUUCCGCAGUGGGAUAGGUGUCUGUUGUGGUGUUUUCAGUUCAGCUCUGGCUAUUUUCUUUUUUUAAGGAAAAGAGGCAGGGGUUCUAAACAUAGUUUCAAAGGUUCUUCAAAACGACCCACCUCUGCUUGGUUCUACAGUAUUUUCCAGAGUCUGGAUAUGUGCCCAUUUUUGAGCAACUUUAAUUUUGCAGCUCAUGGAGCAGUCCUGCAGUUAAGUGAGGGAACAUAGGUGAACAAUGCAACCCCCUUGUAAGAGAUCUUUGGAUAUUAUUGAGUUUUCACUUUCCAGGGGGAGAUUUCAGUGUUACUAAAAAGAUAUCCUGUAAAAAAAUCAUAUACCUGAAAAGGGGAAGGUAGUGGAAAUGAAGUACAACUGAAAUGGGAUGUUGUUAAAAUACAUUUGCUAAACGCCUAAUCAAAACUGGACCAACGACGAGUUGUAUCAGCCUUCGUACAGCAUCAGAAAGAAUGAUCUGAAGCAGCUGUUGCAGGUACAUAGCACUGGCACCAUAUGCCAAGUAAAUCGCUCUACCUGAGCCACUGAUUAGGACUGGGUGUGAAUUAUUGUCAGGCGUUUUGCAAAACAUAUGUUGCACUGGUGUGAGAAGUGGCAAGUGUAGGGGACAUUUGUGGUAUGCAACAAGAUCCAGUUGGCCUGGUAUAAUAACAAUACCCCCCCCACUCUGCCCUGAGCAUUGUAUUGCAGUGGCACUAGAGUGCUGUGCAUCCUUUGGUUUCACUUCUGGCAACUUGUGGUGCACUUGCCAAAAAGGUUGGCCAUCAUUGAUGCAAACUAUAAUUUCAGGUGAAAAUUAGAGGGUUACUUGUACACUUAAACACACGCACAAACAUACACAGCACCAGCAAUUUGUUCAGGUGUAUUACACUACACUGGGCAAAUACUGCCCAAUUACAUUAUUUCACUGAGUUAGUGAGGAGUUGUAAAAACAGUAUAGCGACCUUGAGCAAGUCCUAUAUAAAAACUUAGCUAAUGGCUGCAGACUUUAUGAUGAACAGGCCUACUUCCCCCAAUAAUGAAUUCUAGUCUUCUAUAAGACAAGCCCAUAGCUAGAUUGUGACUGAAGAAGCUGCAUAAUCUGGAAAACAAUGGAUGAGGUCAAAAUAGUGGGAUAACCACUUUAUCUAGUGCUGGAUUACAAGGCAGCAUAAGAGGAAUUGUGGUGAAAAAUGGUGUUGCAUAACAAACAUAUAGCAACUCUUUCUUGAAAUAUUAUGCUUAUAUACACCACAAUCUUUAGCUUUAGGCUGACUAUCUGAUUGUGGCCUCAUGUUGUUCUGUAUUGAGUACUUUAGAGGUAGAGUACAAAUGUAAAUAAAUAUGAUUCUUCAAGGAAA